GGUGUGGCAAUACUAAGCCAAAACGAAAGUUGUGAAAUUUGAAGAUUUAAAAGAAAAAUACAAAUUUCCUCAUAAUAAACUGCAAAAAAAGAAUCAGAAAUAGUUACAUUUAUAACUUUCCUUUGAUUUAAUUGUAAAAUCAGUCUUGAUUUUUUUAAAGAGGCAUUGAUUUUUAAUAUUAGACACUUUAAUUCAGUGCGUUAUGAUCAAUGAGUAUUAAUUCUCUCCCAAGAUCUUAGAAUUCUGACACCCGUGAACGAAACAAUGGUUACCAAUGGUGAAGCAAGUAGCAUAUUUAAAGAUUUUUGGGCCUGGCGUUUGAAAGAUAGUCCAGAAUUUGCUACUCUCAUUGGUGUACAUUUACAUGAUGGAUGUUUGCAGGAAUAUAGCUUAGACUCGUUUGCAAAAAGAAAGAAAAAGUGUAAAAUGUUUUUAGAGGAAGCUAUCCAGUAUGCUUCACAUGUUAAAGAAGAUAAUGAAUUAAAAGAAAAUCUACAACUGUUUAUUGAUGAAUUAUCUAAUUAUAUAAAAGGACUGGAUGCGAAAGGAUAUGUGUUUCCAAUUAAUUAUCUCGAAGGAGUGCAGUUAGAAUUUGUGAGACUAAUUGAAUUAAUGAAAUUUGAAAAUGAGCGUGAUUAUCGUAACCUUUUUGCCAGGUAUGGAGGACUAGCAGGACAGUUUUUGGAUAUGAUACAGGUAAUGCAAGAAGGAAUGAGAACUGGGAUGACUUACCAUCCUGUGUCAAUGGAAGGUGUAAUUGACCAAAUGAAACGUCUUCAAGAAGAUGCACCUGAAAACAGUAUUUUUUAUAAGCCGUUAUUGUCAAUGCCUGAUACCAUAUCUGAACAACGGAAAGAUGAAUUAAGAAAAGAGGCAUUGCCUUUGAUUCAACAUGGAGUUCAAGGAAUGUUUGGAGAAUUACAAUUUUUCCUGGAAUAUGAAUAUUUCAGCUGUUUGCGGCCAAAUGUUGGAAUAUCAUCGAUUCCAAAUGGAAAAGAAUAUUACCAGAUGUGUCUUGAGUUUCAUCUUGGUUUUCAUAUGACACCAGAAGAAGUUCAUGAAAUGGGCUUGAGAGAAGUUGCCAGAAUUUCAGCUGAUAUAGAAAGGGUGAUUGAAUCUAUGGAAUUGUGUAUGCCUGUGAAAGAAUUCUAUGAACAUAUGAGGCAAGAUGAAAGCUUCUAUUUUAAUGAUGCUGCUGAACUUGUAGAUGCUUAUCAUGGGAUAGUUUUCAAUCAGAUAAAACCAAAAUUGGAUAAAAUAAUCAAGACUAUGCCCCAGUGCGAACUUGUCAUUAAGCCAACACCUCCGUCAAUGGCUAGUGGUCCUGCUGCAUAUUAUUUAGCAGGAACAUUGGAUGGUAGCCAACCAGGAGUUUUUUAUGUUAAUGUCAGAGAUGUUAAAGCCACACCAAAAUACGAAAUGAUGACUUUAGCAUUACAUGAAGCUUUGCCAGGACACCAUUUACAGGCAUCUUAUAUGAUGGAACAAAGAGGUCUGCCUGAUUUUCGACGUUAUAUCGAGGAUAGAAAAUAUGGAGAAGCUCCAUCCCGUUUCCCUCUUCAUUCUGCAUAUGUUGAGGGUUGGGGUCUGUAUUGUGAAUAUUUAGGUUAUGAAUUAGGAUUGUAUGAAGAUUCAUAUUUUCAUUUUGGUCACCUGUCACAUGAAAUGCUGCGUGCUUGUCGCCUUGUUGUGGAUACUGGCUUGCAUGCUUUAAACAUCUAAAUUAACUACAGCUGCCAUGCCUUGCUCACUGAAAAGCUCACCAGUGAAUUAAAUCUUUUUAAAAUAGAAAUCCCGUAUUGGACGU